AAGGCCGGCAAACUUGCGUCGAGGAGCCAAUCGCGCUAGCUGUUGCGCCGACAACCUGCAUAUUUCAUUCAUUAGUGCCCAACGCACAGCUCUCGCCGGCCGCCCCAGCUCGCUGUCGCCGCGGUCCCUUGCAAGCCACAAGAGGCACAAGAGUCACAAGCCAGUCCAGCGGUCGCCGCGACCGCCGCGCGGCCCCACCGAGCCAUGGCGGACCGCGGCCGCCUCAAGAAAGAAUUAAGUGAAUUACAAAAGGAUACGAACGCCGGCGUCACCGUGACGCCCAAGGGCGACCAAUUGACCGAGCUCGAGGGCACGAUCACGGGCCCGGACGACACGCCCUACGCCGGCGGGUUUUAUCGGAUCUCCAUCAGUAUUCCUUCAGGAUACCCCUUCGAACCUCCCAAAAUGAAGUUCCUCACCAAGGUCUGGCACCCUAACAUUAGUUCGCAGACCGGUGCGAUCUGUCUCGACAUCUUGAAAGAUCAAUGGAGCCCGGCCUUGACGAUCAAGACCGCACUGUUAUCCCUACAAGCAUUGCUCUGCGCCCCGGAGCCCGACGACCCGCAGGACGCCCAGGUCGCGCAAAUGUAUCAGCGGGACCCGGAGCAGUUCAAACAAACGGCCACCUUCUGGACGGAGACCUACGCGCGGCCGCCCGGCGACGAGAGCGACUCCCAGGCCGUCACGAAGCUCAUGGAGAUGGGCUUCGGGCGGGACGCGUGCGUGAAGGCGCUCCAGGACGCGAACGGCGACGAGACGGAGGCCAUCAACGCGCUGCUGUCGGGGUAGGUUAUAUAUGUCAAAACUCUUUAUUUUUUUUCGUGAUCAG